CUCCGUCCUGUGCCCCACGUCAGUUUUUCUGGACUUUUCAAUUUUCCUGGAGGAAAAUUUAAACAUGAGUUACCGAUUUUCCCCAGUGUCCCCGGUGCAUGACCCCUCAACAGAUGACGAUCGAGAGUGUGAUGGCCACAUGAUAUGGCAGUGCCACACUUGUUCCUACAAGAGUAAACGACGUUUUAACGUUCGUCGUCACGAGGGGCGAAUUCACGUCAAAAAAAUCAGGCGAAAGUGCUGUGGUCAGAAAUUGAAGACAAAAUGGGACUGGUACCAGCAUUGUGCGUCCCUUCACCCAGGGAAACGUCCAGCCUCUGUCGUGAGCUCAAACAGGAGAAUUCAGGACAUGAGUAUGUCCUCUGCAAUGCACACUCUACAGUUCCAUGGAAACAGCUCGGACACAUCUGACUCGACAUUGACGUGUCCGUCGCCGACUGAGCGCAGGUAUUCAGCGAGGAUUCGUCAGCAGGUGUUAAAGAGAAUAGAGACUCCUCAGUUAUUUGAGUCCUCAGACGAUGAGGGCUCUCACUCCCGGAGAGAGUCAACAGCCAUAGAGAACUCCAGGAAUUCCCAGGAAGACUCAAUGAUGACAAGGAAUCCAGAUCCUUUCCCUGAUAUAAACUGUGAAUUUCCCCAGAAUUUUGGGGAUCACCUCAGGGAAAACGAGAGCUCCUGCCUUGAGUAUCAGCUGGUCCUGUCAGAUCAUCUUGGUCUGAAUGCAUUCAUCGAGGAAGUUCCCCUGAAUCCCCACGACGAGCCCCACUCAGAUUUUCUCCAGGGCCUGGAGAACCCUGAUAUCUCUGGAGAUCUUCCAUUCAACCAGGAAAUCGACUGCGAGGCAGAGACUCAGCCCCAGGAGCUUCAGAGUGAUCAGGUAGCUCUUGUUCUCGAGCAAAUCACCCAGGAUAAUAUCUGCAACACCAAUUAUGUCUCCAGUCUCUCCCAGGCCCUGUGGGAAAAACCUCGGGAUCAGAUUCUCCAGGUGGAUUUGGAGAAUCAGCUGCCACCGAAGAAGAAAAUCCUCAGGAAGUUCCUGGGGUGCAAUGAAACUGGUGACAAGGAGAAUGCACCCCCUGGGGAAUCGUGGUUCAAGGUAGAGCCCCUGCCCUGGAAUGAAAUCACUGAGAUGCAGAGGAAUUUUCUCAGCUCUUUCGACUUCGAGCGGUACAAGCUGCUGUGA